GUAGGGCGGAGCUUCGCCUGCUGUGCUGGGGGUUCAGGCGGAUGCUUUAGCGCUGCAGUGGAGUCCAGCUGUAUCUGACUAUCCGCGCUGGCCAUGCAGGAGCCCCUGCUAAGAGCGGAGGGAUUGGACUAUGACACCUUCCCUGAGGCGCCUGCGUCGCCUGGAGAGAGGGCGCGGGCCGGAGUCUUGCAAAACAGAAGGGUGUUCCUGGCCACCUUCGCGGCUGUGCUGGGCAAUUUCAGCUUUGGAUAUGCCCUGGUCUACACGUCUCCAGUCAUCCCUGCACUGAAGCUCUGUUCUGACCCAGCACUACACCUGGACAAGAUCCAGGCAUCCUGGUUUGGGUCUGUGUUCACCUUGGGUGCUGCAGCAGGGGGCCUCAGUGCUAUGCUACUCAAUGACCUCCUGGGCCGGAAGCUCAGCAUCAUGUUCUCGGCUGUCCCCUCAGCCGUUGGCUAUGCACUCAUGGCCGGUGCCCAUGGCCUCUGGAUGCUUCUGCUGGGGAGGAUGUUGACCGGCUUCGCUGGGGGACUCACUGCUGCCUGCAUCCCGGUGUACGUGUCUGAGAUUGCACCUCCUGGUGUUCGUGGGGCCCUGGGGGCCACACCGCAGCUCAUGGCCGUGUUUGGAUCCCUGUCUCUCUAUGCCCUCGGUCUUCUGCUGCCUUGGCGAUGGCUUGCUGUGGCCGGGGAGGGGCCUGUUCUCAUCAUGAUCCUCCUGCUUAGCUUCAUGCCCAACUCUCCUCGCUUCCUGCUCUCAAAGAGCCGGGAUGAGGAAGCACUGCAGGCACUGACCUGGCUGCGAGCUGACUCGGAGGUCCAUUGGGAGUUUGAGCAGAUCCAGGACAACGUGCGGAGACAGAGUAGCGGAAUGUCAUGGGCGGAGGCCCGGGAGCCCCGUGUGUACCGGCCUAUUCUCAUUGCAGUACUAAUGCGCUUUCUGCAGCAGCUGACAGGCAUCACACCCAUCCUGGUGUACCUACAGACCAUCUUCGACAGCACAUCCGUGGUGCUGCCCUCCCAGCAGGAUGCAGCUAUAGUUGGUGCUGUGAGGCUCCUGUCUGUGCUGAUUGCCGCUGUCACCAUGGACCUAGCCGGCCGUAAAGUCCUGCUCUAUGUGUCAGCAUCCGUCAUGUUUGUUGCCAACCUGACGCUGGGGCUGUACGUCCAGUUUGUGCCAAGGCCUCUGACCCCCAACAGCACUGUGGAGGUCAUUACCCUGGGGGGCACAGAGCAGCCCCCAGACACAGCCUUCAACUAUCUCACUCUGAUACCCCUGCUGGCCACCAUGUUCUUCAUUAUGGGCUAUGCCAUGGGCUGGGGUCCCAUCACCUGGCUCCUCAUGUCUGAGGUUCUGCCCCUGCGUGCCCGUGGUGUGGCCUCGGGGCUCUGCGUACUGGUCAGCUGGCUCACAGCCUUCAUCCUCACCAAGUACUUCCUGCUGGCAGUGAAUGCCUUCGGCCUCCAGGUGCCUUUCUUCUUCUUCUCGGCCAUCUGCCUGCUCAGCCUGCUCUUCACAGGCUGCUGUGUGCCUGAGACCAGGGGCCGCUCACUGGAGCAGAUCGAGGCCUUCUUCCACACUCGCAGGAUGUCCUUCAGGCCCUAGUCAGGGGCUUGCCUGUAAAGGGCCAAACCACCCAGGCCAGGCCUAUGCACUGGCCACAGAUUCACACCUGCAACUGGGAGCAGCAGCACCCCUGCCAUCAGCCAGAGCACACUUCCACCUCGGGACAGGCAGUUCACCAACUAUGGGCUGGUGGGCCCCAGCAGGCAGCCUGCAGUGCUGUAAUACCUCAGCUGAGAUUCACAGGGGGAGCAGGCAGCCCUGCCCCAGACUGAGCAAAGGCUGUACCCAAGAACAAGGCUGUCGGGACCUCCACUCUAGUUCCUCAUUCCUACAAGGAACACUCAACAUGUAGGUCCAUGUUAAGGACAGAAAACAGAGAUGGAGGUGGCAAAGUGACAUUGUACAAGGACAUAGUCACAUCGUUCUGAUCAAUUGGCCAUGGGGAGGACAGGGUCCUGCACCCACAAGGGUCUGGGUACCUUGAGGAACACUGGACUUCCAAAGGCCAGAGCACAGGACCCACUUCAACCUUGGAUACCUCUAGUCUGCAAACUGUUCACUGUUUUUCAAAAUAAAGAGCUGGGCCUACAGCCUCAGGGAGGAAA